ACAUUGGAACUGGAUCUUGACCAACAGGAUUGGAUUCAUAGGAAUAGGAUCCCUUUUGACUGAAUCUAUGAUCUCAACUCCACCUUAAAGGUGUCAUUCACAUCUCCAGUUUGACCAAAGAGUGAAACCUGAGUCCAGCAUCAACUUCUUCUUCUUCUUCUUCUUCUUCUUAUAUUGAUUAUUCUCCCCCAUCCUUGGACGUGAAGCCGGGCAGAUAUCACCUCCUACUGUUUUCCACAGAGAGUGAGAUCUUUGCCGGAGAUGCGGACCUUCCUCCUGGGCUUGUAUUGCAUCAGCCUGCUCUCCCUCCAGCAGAUGUCGGCUUCGCCGGCCGGGGAGCGUCCUGACGGGAACAGACUGGUUGAUCGUGAAGAACCCAUCAUCCAGGAAAAGGAGAUCUCCGCCCCCUCAGAAAGCCCCACAAACAGCAUCCUACAAUAUCCAGUUACAGACAAACUCCGCAAAUGGCUGUCCAGCUUACUCCAGCACCCUACGGCGUCAGGCGUGAGGACGGCAUCUCCAGGCCUGACAUGGGGACGGCUCACUGAGGCUUUUCAGAUCAAGAGAAGGGCUAAGCGCUCCCGUGGCCACACACACUCAAGAGGGAGCAAAAGCCACCCCCAGCAUGCCCAGUUGAAGAGAGUGGGUUGUGUCCUGGGAACCUGCCAAGUCCAGAACCUCAGCCACCGUCUGUAUCAGCUCAUGGGUCGGAAUGGCAGGGAAGAAUCGUCCCCCGUAAACCCAAGGAGCCCUCAUAGUUAUGGAUGAGCUUGGCUCCACCUUUUGCAAGUCGAUCAGUAUCUCUAUUUAUUUGACUUAAGGUAUUAGUUGUAGUUUCUGCAUUUGAAGUUGAUCUAGUCCACAGCCAGCUUGACUUAUGGUAGAAAUCUCUUACCUUUACUAUUUGUAUUCGAUGGAUGGAUUUUAAAAUUUUAUUUUAAUAUCACAAUGGACCAAAUCAACUCCAAGGUUCGACAAUCUCCCUCCUGAGAAAACUUGGACUAUAAGACAUCUUGGUUUUCCUUCUCUGUUGGAACAUUUCUACCUUGUUAAAGAGGAACUGAGCAUCCAGUAGUAUAGUUGUCUACUGACCUCCAUAGCCUUGGAUAUCUGGCUGUUCUCUGAUCAAACCCUUCAGCCCCUAAUGUGGAUUAAAGCAGCACCAUGAGCUGGAGACCUGUCAAAACCAAUGUAUUUCUGAAGGCCUUUUUAGCAGCUAAAUGAACCCUUUUACCUUUUCAUCGGCUUUAAAGUUCAUAUCCAGUUUAAAUAUGAACUCGUUGAUCACCCUACUAGUUUGCAUUUAAACUGGGAAUUCACCUCCGAGAAGGACUUUGAGUUCUACUUCUGUCUUAUACCCACCGAAAUAGGGGCUAGAAUGGAAUCGACGAUUCAAAAAAAGGAAAAGGAAAGUGUUAGCAUGCAGGGAUUAGUUACUGAGUCCAGAAAAGAUCUGUUUCCAUUUGGGAUUCAGCUAAAACAGGAAACAAC